AUGUGUUCAAUUAUUAGUGAAAAUAUGAACAGAAAUAGCUUGCAUGAUAUGAAAACAGACAAGUAUUCUAGUAGCAGUACUCGGUCAUUCACAACUAGCAGUAUUGCUCUCAUCAAUGAAAACAAACCAAGUGAAAGAGAGGAGUCCUCCCACAAGCCUCUCUCUCUCAAGUCAUCAUCGUGGCUAAUGAAUAGAAUUAGAGGGAAUUUUCCUACCAAUAGAGAUCUCUUUCAAUUAUUUGUUACUAUAAUUGCCUUGAUAGCAGGAACAUUAUUCUUUACAUCGGAUUACUUUUUAAAUUUACUAGUUCAAUCUUCGAUGAAGCUGUUGGAAUGGGACAAAUACUUUAGUUACGAGUCUAUAAGCGGAUGCUUUUUUUGUGGUUCCAUGAAAAUUCAUAAUCUUUAUGUGAAAGAUUUUCAAGUAACACCACACCAUGUGGUGAAUGGGAAGGUCGAGAAUCUCUAUAUUGUUAUUCCAUGGUAUUUGAUUGCAAAGGAAUGUGUUAUCAAAUAUUUCAAACCAAAUAGUACGACCUAUCUGUAUAUUCCCAGAUUUGUUGCAAUUGGAGGCAAUAUUCGCUUUAUACAGCAUGAAGAGCAGAACGACAGUACAAUAUUGCCAAAGAAUCUUGGAUUUGAUACUCUUGUCACGGAAGGAGUUGGCAUAUUUGACAUGAAUAUUAACUUGAAUAAUUCUGACAAUGUAUUGGUAGACAGGUUUGAAGUCUUUCAUACAUUAUCAUUUCACAAAUCUGGAUCUACAAAUUUCUAUCCCUUUGUAGUAUUUUCUAAGGGAAAAUUCACUCUCAACCAACACAACACCUUCCACGUGAACAUUUAUCACGAUGAUCCUUCUAACAGCUUUGAAAAUUCAGGCAGUGAUGACUACUGGAGUUGGCGACAUGAAAAUACUCAUCACUUGUGCUCUCAAUGGACAAUUUCAAAUAUUGACCAUUCGUUGGUAGUCUUGUGUAAAUACCACGACAAGACUGUUCAACUUCAAACACAUCUCAACAACAAUGACGCUAUCGUUCAUGCUCUGUCCAUUCCUCACGAACACUUUACACUCCACAAAUCCUACCAAUUUAUUUUACCUUACCUCAAAACCAUUGACGUCCAUCAUCGACGUUGA